AUUUCGAUUCCCUGAGACCAAAAACUUGUUUCAGUCUCUCAGCAAACCCUCGGCAUUCAACAAAAACAAUCCGAGCAAAACGGUUCUAAUCCCGACUGAUCUUAAUCACCAGCGAGCCCGCUGCAUUAACAAAUACUGCCACCCCCUCGCUGCGCCGCCAGAACAGGUGUUGUUGCUGUUUCUCACCUGCAGUAGCUGGUAGUCGAUUGUCGAUUGUCGUUUGUGUUCUUCUGCUGCUCAGAAUGUUCGCCAAAGCAGCGCUGCUAAUGGUGCUGCUCUGCGCCGCGAGCGCAGCCACCGCCGCCGACCUGGCGGACAGAUUGCGCGAUGACUCGGAACUCUCGCAGAGCACUGCCAAAUCCUUGAGGCGUCUAAUGCCAGUCAGGUUCUACAGCCUGUUGGAAAGCAAUGCCAUCGCCAACUCGACGCUCUCGCUGCGCAGCUGCACGAUCUUUGUGCCCACCAAUGAAGCCUUCCAGCGCUACAAGAGCAAAACUGCCCAUGUGCUCUACCACAUCACAACUGCGGCGUACAGCCAACAGAAUCUGCCCAACACCAUUUCAUCGGACAUGGACGGCAAUCCGCCACUCUACAUCACAAAGAACUCCAAUGGCGACAUCUUUGUGAACAAUGCCCGGAUCAUUCCCUCGCUGACCGUAGAGACGAACAGCGGUGGAAAGCGCCAGGUCAUGCACAUCAUUGAUGAGGUGCUGGAGCCGCUAACUGCCAAGUCUGGCGACUCGGACCCCAUCAGCAAUCCGGAUGCCCUGAAGUUCCUGCAGCAGGCCGAGCAGCUCAACCUGGACAACUUCAAUGUGCGCACUUAUCGCAACCAAGUGACACUGGCCAAGAAGGAGUCUGUCUUCAAGUCUCCCGGAACGCACACCUUCCUCCUUCCCGUCGACGAGGGCUUCAAGCUCUCGGCUCGCAGCAGCUUGGUGGAUGCUAAGGUCAUCGAUGGCCAUAUGAUUCCAAACACUGUCAUCUUCACUGCCGCCGCUCAGCACGACGAUCCUAAGACUUCCGCCGCAUUUGAGGAUCUCCUCAAGGUUACCGUCAGCUUUUUCAAGCAAAAGAACGGAAAAAUGUACGUCAAGUCCAACACGAUUGUGGGUGAUAGUAAGCACCGGGAGGGAGUCGUCCUGGCCGAGAUCGUCAAGGCCAACAUUCCAGUGCGCAACGGAGUCGUCCAUCUCAUCCACCGCCCGCUGAUGAUCAUCGAUACGACGGUUACCCAAUUCUUGCAGAAAAAUUUUGGGUGUAAUUCGUUCAAGUUCAUGAACGAGAACUCCGAGAAUGGGGCGCUGCGCAAGUUCUACGAAGUAAUCAUGGACAACGGAGGAGCAGUCCUAGACGACAUCAACAACCUAUCCGAGGUGACCAUUCUGGCCCCCAGCAAUGAGGCUUGGAACUCAUCCAAAAUUAACAAUCUUCUGGCAGAUCGCAAAAAGUUGAGGCAAAUCUUGAACAUGCACAUCAUCAAGGACCGCUUGAACGUGGAAAAGAUCCGGCAGAAGAAUGCCAACUUGAUUGCCCAGGUACCCACAGUGAACAACAACACUUUCCUGUACUUCAACGUCCGCGGCGAGGGAUCGGAUGCCGUCAUCACGGUCGAGGGUGGCGGUGUCAAUGCCACCGUUAUCCAAGCUGACGUGGCCCAGACCAAUGGCUAUGUCCACAUCAUCGAUCAUGUUUUGGGUGUGCCAUACACCACUGUACUUGGAAAACUGGAGUCCGAUCCCAUGAUGAGUGACACCUACAAGAUGGGCGAGUUCUCGCACUUUAACGACCAGCUGAACAACACCCAGCGUCUCUUCACCUACUUCGUGCCCCGGGACAAGGGCUGGCAGAAGACCGAGCUGGAUUACCCCUCCGCCCAUAAGAAGCUCUUCAUGCCCGACUUUUCCUAUCAUUCCAAGUCCAUUCUGGAGAGGCACUUGGCCAUUGCAGAUCGCGUUUACACCAUGAAGGAUCUGGUCCAAUACUCACAGGAGAGCGGCAGCGUUAUCCUGCCCACUUUCCGCGACUCGCUAAAAAUUCGCGUGGAGGAGGAGAAUGGACAUCUACAUGAUGAGUAUGCUAGUCACGAAUGGACUGGCUAUGUGAUUACCUGGAACCACAAGAAGAUCAACGUCUACCGGCCGGAUGUGGAGUGCACCAACGGAAUCAUACACGUCAUCGACUAUCCGAUCCUCGAGGAGAAGGACGUGGUCGUCAGCGGAGGUAGCUAUCUGACAGAAUCAACCAUUUGCAUCACCUUGGCCAACCUCAUAAUGAUAACAGUAGCAAAGCUCUUGAACUAAACGCAUCCGAUAUGUAUAAACAAAAACACAAUCCAAAGCAAAAUGCAAAUCAGACACAGAACAUCAACAAAUGAAACAACAGAAACAAAAGACAACAGUCGCCUUCAACUCAAGAAAACAAGCAAGAAAUCUCAAAAUCAGCAUUAGACUAAUGUGACAUCCAAAUGUGGAUGCAUUGAUCAGCACAGCAGCUUGUUGAUAUUGAUCGAGAACCAUGAAAUCUGUAUCUGUAAUAUAUGUGUCACAAGGAACUAUCAUCAUUCCAACAUGCCACGCCCACUCCCACGCCCAUGUACACCCGCCCACACACAACACACAGACUGAAACAUACGCAUGCAGACAUCUGACUGCCGGAUUUGCAUUAGCAUAGACCACGCUUUAGUUUGAAGCUGGUCAGAGUAAUUAAGAUAACGACGAUGAAGAAAUCCCAUUAUUUUUAAGAAUUCGACUCAAUUCCCUUCAAAGGCCUUAUGUAUUAUAUGAAACAUAUAGAACAGUCUGUAAAAGUUUAUAAUUUUAUGUUCAACCUAUACUGGUAGAAUACGUUCAUCAGCUCGCUAAUUUUUAAGUUUGGACCGGCAUUGACCGAAAACCGUCUGCCCUUUGAAAGCACGGAAAACUCCGAUUGUGUUUAUGAUUUUAAGUGUACAUUUUUUUUUAUGUGAAUUGCUUGUUUUAGUUUAUGGUCUAAUUUAUGAUUUAUGAUGUGAGUUAUCUUAAGUAGAAUGCGAAUCUCAUUGUACAUGUCGAAGCAGAAGCAAUAAGCGCAUCUCACACUCUCAUACUCGUUCGCAAACGCCAACGCCUACACUACACUACACAUAACAUUAAAAUUAAAAUAAAAAUUAAAUUUAAAAUUACGAGAACAUCACAAGUACAUACGAACAUGUAAUACGAAACAAAAUCAUUUUAAGAUUCGAAAAGUGUGAAAUUUUAUAAUAAACUGAAAGUUUUUCAUUUGAACCUAAGUAUUAAGCCCCGGCCCCGGUUCCGGCCCCGUCAGCAUCCUUGUCUCCGAAUCUUGAGUGAACAUUGUAAGCUCAGAACUAUAUCAGGGUCAGACAAGAUGGGUGCGGUUUAAUUGAAUUGAAACGCCAUCCUGCACUUAGUUCUUAUUAGCCCGCUAUGCAUGUAAUUCCCCCAAAAAUAAUUCAAACAAAAAUUGAACACACUUGCAUAUACACCCGCGAUUUGGGGCUAGAGUAGCAACUGCAAACUAGGUUAGUCCAAUGCGAAACAACUUUCGAACUACUGCCGUCGACUACAAAUACAAACUAAUGCAUACACAUGAUAUAUCCUGUUACCAAAAUCACUCACAGGACACCACAUGCAUCACUGAAUGGAUUUUGAUAAAUAAAUUUUAACUUGCAUACAGAACAACAAAGCUACAAGAUAUGCUUACAAGACAAGCAAAACGAACUAAAUUCCCCUCGUUGCAUUUUAAACUUUGUAUGUAGAACCAAACUUAGUUUGUAGUCCGAAACUAGAACAACCCCAUUGCUAACUAAAAUACCAAUAUCUCUUUCUAUUUCUCUCUGUCUCUCCCCCAAUCUAAUGCUAUGUACUUUUAGGUUAGACAUUGUAACUAGCGUAUCCAGCCAGAUCGAGCGUUAAGUCGAACACUGAACUAUGUACUAUCCCCUCAAUCCCAAGAAACAUUUAAGAAAACCAAAAACAGAAACUAUCAGCCUACCAGUACACACUAUUCCAACCUAUUACCACCAACAACCACCCCACACCAAGCUCAGUCCCAGUUGUGGCAGUCGCUUCAUGUAGUUGCUAGUUCCCGAUCCGGGCCCUUCCGGCAGUCUUUAUCUUUAGUAGGUGGUUGGGUUUAGUUUCGUUUCGAAUGAGUGCAGUGCAGUGCCGUAGUCGCUAAGAGGAAAUGUAUGAAAAUCUAGAAAUGAAUACGCUAAUGAAAUGUACACGUAAGCUUUAAAGAAUCGUUCCGGAUCGACGAAUAAAGAAAUUAUGAUUAUUUGAAUGUAGAGGGAACCGCAUUGCAAUCGCAAUUUGUGUCGUAGUCAGUAGUUACACGUUAAGCGCCGUCUUAACGUGUAACUAGUGCCUUACUAAAGAUAAACGCAUUACCUUAACCUUUAUACAAAUUUACUCAAAAUAUAUACAUAUACUAAAUGUGUAUGAAAACCAAUAAAAAUUGAAAACUAACGAAAGUGCAAAUGGCAGAAUGUUCAGCAGAAAUAUGAACACGAGUCCAGUGCUUCGGUGGGACAGAUUUGAGAACUGCAUACAACACACCAUACAAUUCAAAAGCAGAAUUAACUCAUAGCUAAACUUAAAGCCAGAGAUUAUAUUUAUAUCGCGCCGUACCCAAAACAUACGUUCCGCUUCGAGAGACAUUAAGAAUUAUAAUAUUACCUAUAAAGGACAUCGCGCCACACGCUAUUUACACCAAAAGACACAAAGAAAUAUUAAGAAACCAUAUUUUUCAUAAAUUUAAUUGUCAGAUAUAUAUAAUGUAAAUGUAGUUUAUUUAAUGUGAACUCCGAAUACCAAGAUUCUCAAAAAUUAAAAACAGAUCACAUAUAUUGAUGUAUAUUUAGCAAUUGAGUUUUGAAACAAUCGUUAGACAUGAUAAAUAUAUAAAGUAUAUAUGAAGAAAUCAAGAAAUAAACUAUUGAAAACUGCAGUGCAAAAUGAUAUUAUUCCAUUUUAUUUUACGACAAGCGCUUUUUACAGAUAAACCAAAUUCAUUUUAAUUACUCGUACUAGAUCAGCAAGAUUAUAUUUAGCAUUAGUUAAACUAAUUAAUACAUGUACUAGAGAACCGAAUGUCAACCAAGAAUCUUCAGCAAGCUUGAGCGAAUAAUAAAACUUAAAAAAUGAA